AGGCUGAGAGCGGGCUCUAGCGCGGCAGUGAUCAGCAUAGACGCUGUUGGUACAACCCGCAUCUUCCCGCUUUCGCCUCUUGUUCUGAACGGUUUUGUCCGAUCGGUCUCACAGUCAUUACGUUCAAGGUUUUGGGGAGCAGUGAUCAGACUGCUCCACCGCGUGGAUUUCGUCACCCCCACCCCUUUGCAUGCGCCCAUGAGCCACAGCAGAACAUAGUCUAGCUGGUGCUCAAUGAAGCAGCUAUCGGCGCAAGAGCUCCGAUUGCUCCUUGACAUUACCUACCUCUUGUUCGUUCCGAGUCCGCGCGAGAAUCCCUGGUGGAUCUUUCGCAUGUCAUACAAUUAGAGCGGAUGCCGAUCCCUCUUGCCCCCUCCCCUUCCAGGUACACUCUCCAAUUUUCGAGUAUCUACUGUUGUAGUGCCAUUGCACAGGGCCUUUCUAUACCUUCACACAGGUAUCCAGUAAAUGCAUGGAAUCGCAAGGUCUCAAUGACUGCUGUGCACUCGGCGCACAAGCUCGCUAUCGCGGACACUUGCAGACACUUCGAGGGCUCGAGGCAAGAGAUAGCAACGAACAUUGAUUAGCUAGAGUACAAGUGCAAGUGCUGUGAGGACGGUGAAAAGAACGUGAGGCGAAGUGUGAGUGUUUGCGUCGAGGUAUGAGAAAAGGAGUGUGUCUUGUCUAGCGAAAGUCAAGAUAAGCAAGCAGGCAAAGGUGCAUUCAUGGACUUGAUCGGAUGACGUUUCAAAUGAUGGUGCAUGGCGGUUGUGCGAGUGCAGCGUUGGCAAUGGAGAAUGCUGGAUCUGCAAGUCGCUUGCUUUACUUGCAUAUGGGUCCU